AAGGACGUCACCAAGCGCCUCUCCGAGCUCCGGGGCUCGCGGGGCGCGCCCCCGGACGGCCAGUUCGCGGUCGGCCAGCACGUCGAGGCCAUUUUCUCCGACGGGGAGUGGUUCCCUGCUAUGGUGACCAAGGCCAACCCCAACGGCACCUUCAAGAUCACUUGGGACGACGGCACCGGCGACAGCGACGGCAGGCAGCCCGGGGAGCUGCGCCCCUGGCAGCGCGGUGCGCCCCGGCUGGAACCGCAGGAGUUUACAGUCGGCGAGUACGUCCAGGCUAAGUACGACGAUGGGAAGUGGUACGGCGCCACAGUGAUAGAGGCCA